AUGAGGACCUGCUGCAGGGGCACAGCCGUGCCCACCCUGCUGCUGCUGCUGCUGCUGGGCACCGCGCCCGCCCGCGCCCAGCCCUCCUGCCUCCGCUUCCCCGAGCUCCUGCCCGCCAGGCUCAAAGAGCUCCGGCUCAAGUUUGAGGAAAUUAAGGAUUAUUUUCAAUCACAAGAUGACGACCUGAGCAUCCAGCUGCUCAGCUCCGACCUGCUGGAGGAAAUCAAGGGGAGCCUCGGCUGCCAGUCGGUGUCGGAGAUGAUGGGGUUCUACGUGGACGAGGUGCUGCCCAGCGCCAUGAGGAGCAGCACCCAGCACCAGCACAGCAUGGGCGACCUGGGCAACCUCCUGCUCAGCCUGAGAGCCAUGAUGAGGCGCUGUCACAGAUUCUUCACCUGUGAGGAGAGGAGCAGGAGCAUGAAGCACGUCAAGGAGACCUUCAGCAGGAUGAAGAAGAAUGGAAUCUACAAGGCCAUGGGAGAGUUUGACAUCUUCAUCAACUACAUUGAAAAAUAUUUAACAAUGAAGAGAAGGAGCUGA